AUGCAGCCAAACCAUUUUUCAGACAACAAAUGCAGCAGCAGAUUACUUGUACAUUUUACCAUUCUGCUGUUGAUCUCCUUGACCACCCCCGCCAGUUCCUGCAUGGAGCUGGAGCAGACCUCUCUCCUCCAGUUCCUUGCUGGACUCUCCCAGGAUGCCGGCCUUGCCAAGAUGUGGCAGGAAGGCACAGACUGCUGCAAAUGGAAAGGCAUCGCUUGCAACAGAAACGGGGCGGUCACCCGUGUCUCACUGCCUUCAAUGGGGCUUGAAGGGCGCAUCUCACCGGAUCUUGGCAACCUCACCGGCCUAGAGCAUCUUAACUUGUCCCACAACUAUCUGUCCGGUGGCCUUCCUCUGGUAUUGGUGUCGUCCAGCAGUAUCACCAUCCUCGACAUCAGCUUCAACCAGCUUAGUGGAGACCUGCAUGAGCUGCCAUCUUCAACCCCUGCCAAACCUCUAAAGGUACUUAACAUCUCAAGCAACAUGUUCACAGGGCAAUUUACAUCCAAAACAUGGAAAGGAAUGAAGAAUCUAGUGGUGCUCAAUGCCAGCAACAACAGCUUUACUGGGAAGAUUCCAAGUCAUUUCUGUAACAUAUCACCAAACUUUGCUAUCCUUGAACUCUGUUACAACAAACUCAAUGGCAGUAUACCCCCAGGGCUCAGUAAAUGCUCCAAGCUCAAAGUGCUCAAGGCUGGCCACAACUACCUCAGUGGGCCUCUCCCUGAAGAACUCUUCAAUGCUACCUUGUUGGAGCAUCUCUCUUUUUCCAGCAACAGUUUACAUGGAAUUCUUGAGGGCACACAUAUAGCCGAACUCACUAAUCUGGUCAUCCUUGAUCUUGGAGAAAAUAAUUUGAGCGGAAAGGUACCUGAUUCCAUAGUUCAGCUCAAGAAAUUGCAGGAACUUCAUUUGGGCUAUAACAGCAUGUCUGGGGAGCUGCCAUCCACCCUGAGCAACUGCACAAAUCUCACAAACAUCGACCUCAAGAACAACAAUUUCAGUGGAGAACUCACCAAGGUCAAUUUCUCCAACUUACCCAAUCUAAAAAUCUUAGAUCUCAGGGAGAACAAUUUCAGUGGCAAAAUUCCAAAAAGCAUAUAUUCAUGCCACAAACUAGCUGCACUGCGUCUAUCUUUUAAUAAUUUACAAGGCCAGUUAUCAAAGGGACUAGGCAAUCUGAAGUCACUCUCCUUCCUUUCACUUACUGGCAACAGUUUUACAAAUUUGGCAAAUGCACUUCAGAUACUAAAGAACUCCAAAAACCUCACCACCCUUCUUAUUGGGCACAACUUCAUGAAUGAGACCAUGCCAGAUGAUGAUAGCAUUGCUGGUUUUGAGUAUCUACAGGUUUUGGGCAUCGAAAAUUGCCUAUUGUUGGGAAAAGUGCCUCUUUGGAUAUCAAAGAUAGUAAAAUUGGAGGUGCUGUCUUUGCAAGGCAAUCAACUAAGUGGACCGAUACCAACCUGGAUAAACACCCUGAACUAUCUUUUCUAUCUAAACCUAUCAAACAACAGCCUUACAGGGGAUAUUCCAAAAGAAUUAACGAAUAUGCCAAUGCUAACUUCAGGGAAGACUGCAGCUGAUUUGGACCCAAGGAUCUUUGAUCUAACAGUUUAUAGUGGCCCAUCACUUCAAUACCGCAUACCAAUUGCUUUUCCUAAAGUGCUUUAUCUAAGCAGUAACAGGUUCACAGGUGUGAUUCCCCAAGAGAUCGGUCAGUUGAAUGCCCUCCUUUCACUCGGUAUCAGCUCAAACAACUUAACAGGACCAAUCCCCACAUCGAUAUGCAACCUCACAAACCUGCUGGCGCUAGACUUGUCCAACAAUAAUCUCACAGGUAGAAUCCCAGAUGCAUUGGAGAACCUGCACUUCCUUUCCACUUUCAACAUUUCUAACAAUGACCUGGAAGGGCCUGUUCCAACUGGUGGCCAAUUUAGCACAUUUCAGGAUUCCAGCUUUGCUGGGAAUCCAAAGCUCUGUGGCCCUAUGCUUAUUCACAAUUGUGCUUCAAUUGAGACAGGUCCUGCACCCAUUGGUCCAACAGGACUGGAUGGUGGCAACAUUUUCUUUGCUGCCGCUUUCGUCGUUUUCUUUGGAGUAGGAGUGCUAUAUGAUCAGAUCAUACUAUCCAGAUUCUUUGGCAAAUAA